CCUUGCAAAUAUUGCGAACUUCUUCCGAUGACGGCUGUUGAAGGCCACAGUACUUCCAUCUGAUUUUUUAUUUUUGUUUUUAGUUCUACGAUUAAAUUGGAAAUUUCAUUAUUUUCCUUCAUCUCAAUUAUGUUUCCCAGAUGUUCUUUAUUUGGAUUUGUAACGUAUAACAACAAUUGAAGUAGUGACCUAUAUCUUUAUCAAAAUGUCUGCCAAGCACUUUUGCUUGAAAUGGAAUAGUUAUCAUUCAAAUAUAGUGAGUGCCUUCGAGAGCUUACAACAUUCAGAGGAACUGGUUGAUGUUACUUUAACUUGCGAGGGUAUAAAUUUAAAAGCUCAUAAAUUCAUAUUGUCAGCAUGUAGCCCUUACUUCCGAACAGUUUUCAAGGAGAACCCUUGUCCUCAUCCUAUAGUAAUAUUAAAAGAUGUAGUUUAUACAGAUUUGAUAGCUGUUAUAAAUUUUAUGUACCAUGGAGAGGUAAUGGUAUCUGAAGAGCAAUUACCUUCAUUUUUGAGUACUGCCAAAUUGCUUCAAGUAUCUGGCUUAAAUUCCUCCGAUAAUACCAAGAAGAUAACAAACCUCAAAAGAUCAAAAUUAGUUCCUUUAGAAAAUCCUUCUAAAAAAAUAAGGACUAAGAGCUUAAAAGAAAACUCCACAACUAAUAAAUCAAAUGAUACUAUGACAAGAGAAAAUGUAACCCACGUAAAUAUAAAUUCUCCUAAACACUCUGAUAAUCCAGAAAUUGAAGUUAAAACUGAGAAGCCUGAUGAGGAAGUAUGCGCAGAUGUUAAUGAGAACAUUUCCAAUCAGAAUAUGGAGAAAACUUCUAUUUUAGAAGCAGCUUUAGAUUCUAAAAGGAGUAUUUUAGAGAGAUCCUUGACUGCUCAUCACAGUCCAGGAAAAUCUCCAUCGUCAGUCCCCUACACUUUAGAACCUGUAGUGACUAUAGAAAUGCCAAAAAAUGCUGUUAUUAUAAGGAAACACCCAGAAGGUGAGUUAGAAAAAAUUCUUAUGAAGUCCCCAUCCUCUGACUCUAGUAGCAGUGUAUCUUAUGACCGUCCAAGUGAAAUACUGCAGCAGUCACUGCAAGUCGAGGGAGAAACCUAUGAAUUUGAGGGAAGUCACAGUUUAGACCCAAACAUACAAAUAAAGUCUGUUGAUAUUCAGCCACAUCAUAGUUCCCAAUGUGGUACAUGUCCUCAUUGUGGUCAAAUAUAUUCAAAUCAGUCUGCCCUCAAAUAUCAUGUUAGAUUAGUUCACUCAGACCUUACAAAUAUGUACUGCUGCCAUCUUUGUCCAGAGGCUUUUGAUUUUCGGGAAGGUUACAAAAAGCAUAUGUCUGAAGCUCAUAGUAUUAGAAAUUAACUGAAAGAUUUAAAAGAUGUUUAUCAUAUUUUUGUAAUUUUAUACAUGUUGAAUAUUAAAUGGUUUAUAGUU